AUGUCCCCUUGGCCUUCAUUCGGAGACGAAGUAGUUUUACGUUCUAUUGACUGGCUAGAAAAUUUUCCAUGGCGAAAUGAAAAUUCUGUGAGGGCCGAAAAUAAUAAAUAUGAAAUUUUUCUGCAUUUGAAAGAUUUUACACCAGAAGAGAUAUCAGUGAAGACAUCAGAUGGAUAUAUUGUGGUAACGGGUCAGCACGAGGAAAAGAAGGACGAGUACGGUUUUGUGUCCAGGCGAUUUGUUCGUCGGUAUGCAAUACCUGAAGGAUGUCUUCCAGAAAGUGUGGAAUCAAAAUUCUCUUCUAAUGGGGUGCUUACAAUUACUGCGAUAAGGCAACCAGUUAUUAAGCGCGAUACUAUUAUACCGGUGUCUCACGAAGGUUCUAGUGGUGUAAAGUCAAAGUUGUAA